CCAGCUGGUCCUGGAUUCGCAGAAACGUGUUUUCUCUUGGGGAUUUGGAGGCUACGGGAGGCUGGGCCACGCCGAGCAGAAGGAUGAGAUGGUUCCACGGUUGGUCAAGCUCUUUGACUUCCCGGGACGCGGCGCGGUGCAGAUCUACGCCGGCUACACGUGUUCCUUCGCCGUCAGCGAGACAGGUGGUUUGUUUUUUUGGGGUGCUACCAACACCUCCCGGGAGUCCACUAUGUACCCCAAAGCCGUGCAGGACCUCUGCGGCUGGAAAAUCCGCAGCCUGGCCUGUGGGAAGAGCAGCAUCAUCGUGGCGGCGGAUGAGAGCACCAUCAGCUGGGGUCCCUCACCCACCUUUGGGGAACUGGGCUACGGGGACCACAAGCCUAAAUCUUCAACAGCUGCCCAAGAGGUGAAGACCCUGGAUGGGAUCUACACGGAGCAG